AUGCCCACCCCGGUGACUUUGGCGACACUGUCGGACGCGUUUUGGGAUUUGCCUCGGUCCCGACGAUUACUGCGGCAAUGCUUGCUGCACCCGUUUUACAAGGGUUUGGUGGAUGGCACCGGCUCCAUGUACCACUUCCGGACCUUCGUGCAGCAAGAAAUGCUUCUGCUCCCAGCUUGGCGGCUCGUGGCCGACGCGUUGCUAAGCAACGGAGAAGGCAUGCCACAGGUUGUGGACUGCUUGACCGAUGAAUCAAGAUUGCACAGCACCUUCUCUGCCAGUUUCGGCUUCUCCCCAGAGGCGCCAGAGCCGCUGCCGAGCACGGCGGCAUACAUGGACUUUCUGGAAGAAGUCGCGGACUUUCAACGUGGCGAUCAUACGAUUCUGGAGUGCAGCGUCCGUGCUUUGGCAACACUUUCGGCGAGAUUUCGGCUGCUGCACUGGAUCAGCCAUGCGCUGCUGGAUGCGAUCCCGGAAGUGGCCACCAACGACAGUCCUAGUGCCAGAUGGCUGAGCUUCUGCGACGCGGACGAAUUCCGCAACAUUGCCGCGCGUCUAGGCGCAGCAUUGGAUGUGGCCGCCGGCCGAGGUGCCCUGGAACGUCAAGCGGAACUGGGCAGUCGGACAUACAUCGACACUCUGCGACACGAGUUUGACUUUCUGAUGGAGAGCCUUGGUGCCAUGGACUGGCCAUGGAUAAGCAUUGGUUUCGCUCUGCGGCUGGCCACAGCACUCGCAAGAAAGAGCGAGUUUCCUCUUUGCCUAGAUCUGCGGCGGCACAACGCAAUCUUUGGAGGAGAGAUAGAGGCGGCGCUGGACAACAUGGAGGGCCGGCCUACACACUCCUCAUCGCUGGGGUCCAGCAAGGACAUGCCUUCAUUCCUGCUGCUGCAGUCGCUGCUGAAAUAUUUACAUGUCGCCGGCGAGGCGGAAGUCAGGUCGUGGCAGGAGAUUACAGGUACGAGUGGAGGAUGUCAUGGCCUGGUUGAACUUGAGGCGCAGCUCAAAGACAAAGCUGUUCACGCCUUCAACAUUUUGAAGUUCGAGCUGGCAAAGUCCAGAGAUCGCAAUAUGAUGCGUGCUGAUCUUCUACGCCCAUGCUUCGCAUCAGUCUCUUGCGACGCUCUGUUGGAGAGGUUCGCGUCAGGUGAUGAGCCAGCUUCAAUCCUGGCAAGCUUGAGUGGGUGUGCGCAGGAGGAUGCUGAAAUCUUGCUCCAAUUCGGCGGCCGUCUAUCCGAGCUCUUCGCACCGAUCGAACUUGCAAAGCGUGUUGGGCGGCAGGAUUGGGAUUCUCGCCCGUGUUCCCUGGGAGCGUCGCUGCUGCCCUUGGUGGAUCAAGCCGUCAGGUCGCUGCAGGAGAAGGGGAAAUCUGUCAGAGUAUCGAUUUUCGGUGGCUGUGGCCUAACAGCGGCACUUGCCAGCCGGCUCGGCUGCACGGUUGUUGUGGUCGAGCAGCGCAUGCUGUUGCGCAAGUGCUUGGAGGUGCUCUUCAAGCAAAACGGACUUGAGAACGUCCGAUGUGCAGACAAUGCCGAUCUCGCCUCAGAUGUUUUUGUUUGGGAGGGCCUUGACGAGGACGGAAUCUUAGAAUUUGGCCACUGGCGGGGACUGCAGUUGCAACUGGCGAAGUUGAAGAAGAGAGGUUGCCCAGAACCUCUGAUGAUCCCAGAGGCCAUUCGCGUAAAUGCCGCCCUGGUGGAUGACAGCCUGUCGCGGAUUCGAGGGUGCCGGCUGGGUCGCUUUGACUGCAUGCGGGGCUACGAUCUCUGCUACUCGCAUCGCUGGCCGGAAGGGGCUUGCCAUAUCCGUCCGUGCUUACGCUCCCCUGUGCAGCACGUUUUCGAUCUCUCCUUGGGCCGCGAGACGCCUGGGCAUGCGCUGCUGCGGCUCCGUGCGGAGCCCGGAGCGCCGGUCACGGGAGUGGCUUUCUGGGUGGAGAUACCAUCCCUUGCAGUGGCCGAGCCUCGCCCACCUGAUGCUGAGCAAACAUGGGCGCGCUGCGUGCAGCCGCUUCCUCCCAGGAGGGCCGAAGUCAGCGGACCAACGCUUAGCCUUUGGGCCAAGUGUUGCGACUUGAAGAUUUGGUUUUCCUGGGCGGAUGAAGACUGCUUGCUUGCCUCGCCUUUGCUUCCGUCUGUUGGGAUAAGCAAGUUGCCGCCUUGGCACUACAAGAUGCUGAAUGACCACGAACGCAACCGUAGAUACCAUUCCGCAAUCGCCCGCGGUGCGGCGAAGGCGAGUGCACGGCGGCAGGCCAGCGGCUUUUCAGGCAGACCAAAUGUCCUGGACUGUGGCUGUGGCGCGGGGCUUCUGUCCUUGAUCGCCGCUCAAAACGGUUGCGACGUGUCGGCCGUGGAGCUUUCGCCGCUGAUCUCGGAUGUGACGCUCGAGACCUUCAGAGACGUCAGCCGCGAGUCCGAGUCUGCAUCUCUCACGCUUCACACUGCGGACGUACGGAGCCUCACGCCCGAAGCCUUCGGCCUGCAGGGCCCUGCAGGCCCUGCAGGCCAUGACCUCAUUGUGAGCGAGUUGAUGGAUGCAUCUGGCGUGGGGGAAUCUUUGCUGAGCGUCUUGGAGCAUGCCUGCCGGCAUCUUGCGGCUCCCGGGGCACAGGUCGUGCCUUGUCAGCUGCGCCUCACCGUAGCUCUGGCUUACCUGACGCUGCCGAACUGCCACGGCGGUUUCGACUUCUCGGCCCUGGACAUGAUCUCCUUCUGCUCGCUGCAGGGCGGGCCCUUUUCGGAGGGAAAGCCGCUGCCAACGCAACUGGAGACGGGUGCUUCAGGGCCGCUGACCGCGUCUGCUCUGCCAUCCCUUCAUGGCAAGGGGCCCUUCACCUCGCGAAACUUGAACCGCUUGCGAAGGGGCGAGGUCUGGGACACGCUGACGCCCGAGGCUCACCUGCUGGAAGUGGACAUUCGCCGAGCCUUGCAAGGCCAGUCCCUGUACCCUUGCAAGGGGCAGGCGGAGCUGACGGUGUCGCAGGAGGGUGUUGCCAACUGCAUCCUCUGGUGGUGGGAAGCUCAGCUGGACGAGCAUGAGACCAUCUCGAACAAGCCCCAGAGCCUGGGCAGUGGCUAUGUGACUCAUUGGCACCAGCCCCUUUGCCCGGUCGGCCCCAUCCCUGUGGCAGCGGGUGACCGGCUGAAGCUGACGGUUGAGAUCGCGGACGCUGCAGGGCAGAAGAUGAAGUUCUCGCUACAGCCAUCUGAGCCGAAUUCGGCCAGGCACUGGAAGGAGGGUGCAGGCGCUAAGCUGGCCCCAGACCCUCUGCAAGACUUACUCCUCGGGUGGCAUGCAGAGAUGGAGGAGGCCUGCGCUCUGAAUUCAACUCUCACUACCAAGUUCACUGCCAGGGGCGACCUGGCUGGGCUCGCAAAGCUGCAGACCGCCGUGCUUUUCUUGGUUCUGGUGCCACAGGCCUUCGGCUGUGAUCCCUUGAUACGGGACAGGCUGCUCCAGACAUACUUUGGCAUAGCUUACAAGUAG